CUCUCAUCCUCCUCUCAUCUCCUCUCUUCUCCUCUCUCAUCCUCCUCUCAUCUCUUCCUCUCAUUUCCUCCUCUCAUCUCCUCCUCUCAUCCUCCUCUCUCUCUCACACUCGUCUCGUUCUUCCAUGAUCCAAGUUUCAAAACCAAAUCUUCAUGAAGUCGUUGUCUGGUCUGGGUUUGGUCAUGGGACUAAAAACACAUAAACUGUCGCUGCAGGAGAUGAAGGUCACACAUUCGGUCCAGAGUCGAGUGGAGAAAGGUCACGUCGUCAUCAUCUUCAUCUUCAUCUUCAUCACAGAGGUUUUCCGCUCGCCAAACGCCUCCAACAAACAGAAAGUUGCAUCAUUGUGUGGAGAUGAAGAUCAACGUGCUGCUGUGGUUCGUCGCCGUCAUCGGCAUCUUCCUCCCUCGUUCAGCCGACUGUCGACCUGCCAUCGCCGCUGCCGGCCGGCCUCACCUCCUCCUCCCUCGACCGCUGCUCCUCCACCUGGGGGAGGAGCUCUCCCUGAAACUGGGAGGAGGAGGACCAGACCUCUCCUCCUCUUCAUCGUCAGAGGAGGAAGAAGAAGAGGAGGCCGGGGAGAAGAGGAAGAGGUCCGAUGAGCCUCCGAUCUCCCUGGACCUGACCUUCCAUCUACUGCGGGAGGUUCUGGAGCUGGCCCGGGCCGAGCAGAUCGCCCUGCAGGCCCACAGCAACCGCAAGAUGAUGGACACCUUCGGAAAAUAAAAACCUUCGACUUCCUGUCGACGGUCCUGAUCACAGGAUCAGAACCAGUGUGUUUGGUUUGUGGAACUAAAAGACUUUUUACAAAAUGAAACAAGUUAAAUAAAAUGAAAACAAAAACAUGAAUGAAACUGAGAUUAAAUGUAAAUGUGACAUUUCAACGACUUUAUUAUUAAAGAAUAAAAGAAACAGAGGACGAAUCCAGUUUCAUCUGGAUGUUUGAUGUUUGUCUAAUAUCUGGA